AUGGCUGGGGAUAGGUUCCCACGCAAGGUGAUGGACCCGAAGAAGCUGGCCAGCCUCCUGAGGAACGGAGCAGAGGGCACGCUGGUCAUCGACAGCCGCUCCUUCGUGGAGUACAACUCCUGGCACGUCCUUAGCUCUGUCAACAUCUGCUGCUCCAAGCUCGUCAAGAGGAGGCUCCAGCAGGACAAGGUCUCCAUCACAGAGCUCAUCCAGCCUGCUUCCAAGAUGAAGGUGGAGGCAGAGGAGCACCAGGACGUGGUGGUCUACGAUCAGAGCACACGGGACGUGACCGGCUUGGCUGCCGACAGCUUCCUCUCCAUCCUCCUGGGCAAGCUGGACAGCUGCUUCCACAGCGUCUCCAUCCUUACAGGAGGUUUUGCCACCUUCUCAUCCUGCUUCCCGGGGCUCUGCGAGGGGAAGCCAGCUGCUAUCCUGCCAAUGAGCAUCUCCCAGCCAUGCUUGCCCGUGGCCAACGUUGGCCCCACACGCAUCCUGCCACAUCUCUACCUGGGCUCCCAGAAAGACGUCCUAAACAAGGACUUGAUGACACAGAAUGGGAUAAGCUAUGUCCUUAACGCCAGCAACUCCUGUCCCAAGCCAGACUUCAUCUGUGAUAGUCACUUCAUGCGCAUUCCUGUCAAUGACAACUACUGUGAGAAGCUGCUUCCCUGGCUGGACAAGUCCAUUGAAUUCAUUGACAAGGCCAAGGUGUCCAGCUGCCAGGUGAUUGUGCACUGCUUGGCUGGGAUCUCCCGGUCGGCUACUAUCGCUAUUGCCUACAUCAUGAAGACCAUGGGUAUGUCGUCAGAUGAUGCAUACAGGUUUGUUAAGGACCGUCGCCCAUCCAUCUCGCCCAACUUCAACUUCCUGGGCCAGCUCCUGGAGUACGAGAGGAGCCUGAAGCUCCUCAAGGCCCUGAAGUCAAAGGGCGACCGGGGCGAGGGGGACGCGCAGCAGGACCCUGCAGAGGCGGCUGAGGGCAGCAGCCACCCCGCCCCACCUACCUCAGAGAAGGCCGAGGAGGUGCCAAGAGGCGCUGGCUCUGUGUCCCCCCACGGCGACCCCGAGCGGCAGGGGGGGGCCCCCACGGGAUGCUCUACAGCCAUGUUUGAGGCUUUUACUACAGACUCCUCUCUCCGCUGA